CCCGUGUCCCCUCCCGUCCCCCGUGUCCCCUCCCGUCCCCCGUGUCCCCUCCCGUCCCCCGUGUCCUGUCCCUGUCCCCGUGUCCCCCCAGCCCCGGCGGGUCCGGUUCCUCGGCGCCCCCGGCGGUUGCCCCGCGCCCCGGCAGGAGGCGGCUCUGGGCGGCCGCUCGGCGAAUCCCGCGGGCUCCCGGCGGCGGGGCCGAGCCCCCCUUUGCUCCCCCUUUUCUUCCUCCUCCUCCUCCUCCUCCUCCUCCUCCUCCUGCUGCUGCUGCUGCUCCUCCUGCCGCCGCCGCCGCCGCCGCCGCUGCCGGGCUCCGCUCCGCCUCGCCAGCCCCGAGCCGGGUGCCCCGGCCCUGCCGCACCUCCCGGUCUCCGCAGUCCGACCCGGCGGGCGGCAGCGCCGCCGCCCCGCCCCGCCAUGCUGCAGUGCAAACACCCGCAGGAGUUCAGCUUCGGGCCCCGUGCGCUCAAGGACGCGCUCAUCUCCACCGACCCCGCGCUGCAGGAGCUCUACGCCAAAGCCUUCUCCAGGGCCGAGAAGCUGUUCCUGUCCGAGGCCUACAACCCGCAGCGCACGCUCUUCUGCACGCUGCUCAUCCGCACCGCCUUCGACUGGCUGCUCAUCCACCCCGAUGCCCCCGAGGACUUCGAGACCUUCUACCACGCCAUGCUCAGGAGGAAGCAGAACUUCUGUCGGAAGCACAUUUACCUGCAGCCCAUAGAUUUAAUCGAAGGCCCUGCGGGGCUGUCGCUGCUGGACUCGCUCCAGAGCUGUGUGGAGUCUUUUUUCCUGGGUCUGCGUGUGAAGUGCCUUCCCUCCAUCCCAGUCUCUUCCAUCCACUGCUGCUUCCGCCACAGCCGUGACACGGACAGGGUGCAGCUCCAUGCAGAUGGGAUCCUGAAUUUCCUGAAGAACAACAAGCCCAUGGAUGCCCUGUGCGUCCUUGGACUCACUUUGCUGGACCUUUACCCAUGUGAGACCUGGAGCUUCACAUUCAGCAAAUUCCUGCCAGGACAAGAAGUGGGAGUCUGCAGUUUUGCCAGGUUUUCGGGGGAUUUCCCCCAGGCUGGCUGCAGCAGCYUGAACCCCCCCACGCAGAAGGAAGAGCUGAGUGAAGCCAGCAAGGAGGGCAGAGACAGAACCUUGCAGUUCAGCGCCCAGGAGAUGGUCCAGUGCUGUAAGGUGACCUGCCACGAGAUCUGCCACCUGAUGGGGCUGGGGACGUGCCGCUGGCUGCAGUGCAUCAUGCAGGGUUUACGUGGCAACCACUGGGAAAGGCGUAACUGUUGUCUCUCCCCUCACAAUGAAACCUUUCUCCUCUCACCGCAGAAGCUCUAUGCUUGGACACAGACUGUGCUGUCCACGUGGCCAAGGCAGGAGUCAGCAGAGCUGUCUGCCUCAGAGGACAUCCCCCCGUUCAGCUCCGACUCUGGGAUGUGCUGUGAGAACGACUCGGAGGCCGUGACAUCCCUGUCAGAGCCGCUGACCCCCGACACCUGCAGCCAGGGCCUGUCCAUAGGGCAGGAGCUGGAGCAGGACGAGCAGCCCAGCUCCCUGCCCGAGGCACAGCCCCAGCCCUGCCACCCCGGGCACCCCAGCACCACGGACACCAUCAAGGACUACGAGCUGUGGCUGGAGAUGUGCAUCGCUGCCCUCGAGAGGAACGUCUCUGAGGAGGARCUGGCUCAGGUGGACCAGACUGUGGAUGCCCUGGCCAAGUGGGAAAUGUUUACAGGACAGCUGCCUGCUAUGAGGAAGGACCUGCCCUUUGCUAGGGACAGCACUGGGCUACGCAAAGUUCUCGGGGACAAAUUUUCCUCCUUGAGGAGGAAAUUGAGUUCCAGAAAACUGUCCAAAGGGGAAUCAUCCCCUCAUCGCUGGCGGUGGGAGGACAAUUAGGAUGGGGCUGCCUUGGGCCAGAUUUGCUCAUGUUACUGCCCUGCUUCYGACCUUCCUCACCCCAAGCUGUUGCUGACAGAGAGGAACAGCAACUCCCCCCAGGAAUAAACGGYGUUUUGUUUUCUGAGAUUGCUAACACA